AUGAAGGAGAGACGCUCGUGUCAGAAAUUAUCUCUGAAAUCCGGCAUGGAUCCCAGUCAGAGUGUGAAGUGUAAGAUAGUGGUGGUGGGAGACAGCCAGUGCGGGAAGACUGCCCUGCUUCACGUGUUCGCCAAGGACUGUUUCCCAGAGGUGAGACCCCGCAAACCCCGCACACUCAGGGGGAGGAUGAUAAUUAACCUGGUUUCAUUACCGUAGUGCCAUGGCAACCAAUCCUCGCGCGUUAAUCCAGGUGUAUGUGACAGAUAGGUUGAUGAAGGACAUACACUGUCACUCUCAUGGUUAUGUUGUAAUGAAUUCCCACAUAAAGUUGCAUGUCAUUUUGUAGUGGAAACACUAUUCACUGUGUGUGUUUUCUCCGUGUCUCCUGCAGAGCUAUGUCCCCACGGUCUUUGAGAACUACACAGCCAGUUUUGAAAUCGACACACAGAGGAUUGAGCUCAGUUUGUGGGACACCUCAGGUAAACACGCCCUUUUCUUUGCCUCAUACUUCAUGUGUUGCCCACUCAGGUGAAAUGUCUGCACAUGUCCACACACGCAGGUCACUCAAACAGACCCACUGUGACCCUUCUGGACAUGCAAUCUGUUCUCUUAUAACAUUUUAAUGGUUAAAUAUCACCUAUCUUCAGAAAACGCUCAUUUACUCUGAGGUUUUUUCAUUCCUGACAUGUAGGGAGGCCUAAGCUUGGAAUUUUUUGAUUAAUGAAAAUUAAUCUGACCCAUUUUUAAUCAAUAAAGCCGGGUUAAUCCUUUUCAGGGGGGGUUUCACAAGCCUGGCACGUUUCUCCGAGGAUUGGAAAUUGCUCACCUUUUUCCUCGGUGGCAGGAUUAAAAAUUGUCGUCAAGUGAGAUGAAUGAAUUUUUUCCAGUUAAGAAAAGCUAAAGCAGAAAAAGAAAGAGGAGGAAAAUGAGGGAGAAUGUUCUCACAUCUGGCGAGCACACUUUGAAAUUCUCCCAGUUGGCUUUUUUUUUUCUUUUUCAGGGGGAGUUUGUUGAGCAACAUGUGUACUAACUCCACUUUUUAUCACUCGUUUCUUGGACUUUGUGUUUAGAGUUCGAACCAGCUGCUGUGUCCCCUACUUUUUCACGAGCGUGUGCACACAGAUGCGUGCUCGGGUGGGUAAACAAACCCAAAUUUCCCAUCCAUCAAUGCCCGAGUGGUGAAUAGCACAGCAGUCAGGCGUGAGUGAGGCGUAUGGUGAGUGUGUGCGAGCAUGUGUUGUGUGUGUGUGUGUGUGUGUGUGUGGGGUGGGAAUGGGAGGGGACAAACCGACAGCCAGCUGUUGCGGGUCUCCGGUCGUGGAAUUCCAGAGAAACUUUUUAAAAGUGGACACUGGUGGAAACAUUUAGCCUUCCCAGAAACAAAAACCAAAAACUAGUUUCACGUUUGGAGUCAAAAAGUCCCAUUUUGGCCUUGAAACAUAAAAGCAUUUGCGAAUUAUCCUCAUUUCCAGGCAGAGCAAGCAAAACAAAGAUCUCAAAUUUCAGAUUCUUCAACCCCUACAGUGUGUGAGUGUAUGUGCGUGUUUUGUAGAAAUGGGAAGGCGAAGAAAUGAAAGCCAGCCAGAGUGAGAAUUUUGUUUUAUUGCACUGUGUUGGCCGGCCGCCUGGAGCCAUAUUUCUUUUUGUCUCUGCUUCAUAAAACAGCAAGGAGUGGGAGGUGGGGGACGCGGUUUCUCUUAGUUCAGUGGGUCUGAGAUGCAGCCAGACCCCUCUACUCCCCCCCCACCCCCCCAGCUCUCUUUAAACCCCCCACCCCACAGCCAAUCCGACACACAGGCAUGCUCACCCCUGUUUGCAGAUUGAUACAGCUUUCGGCUUGACUGGUCUCUUUGUAGAGACACCCAUCGGCCAUAGGCGAUCCAAUCGAUCUCUUAUCUCCUGAGGUGUGUGUGUUUCUGUGUGUGUGUGUGUGUGUGACCCCAGCAUGCACUCUGACAAAGCCCAGGACGCAGAGUUAAAGACAAACACAGCUUCCUCCCAAACACUCACCGUGGUGGUCUUUGUUCUGCAGCAGGGCUGAUUGGCCUAAUGAGCAGCCUAGUGUGUGUGUGUGUGUUUGUGUGUGUGCUAAAAAGGAGGGUGAUGGGUGUAAUUCAGGUCAUUAAGGUAAAUGCCUGCCUCUCCCAUUGCUUUCCAUUUGUCCCCCCACCCUGCUCGUCUGCGCUGGCUCUGCUUCCCGGGACUCAGGGUGGGGCCUGUCGGGGCUGAGGCGCAGCCUUUGAUGCAUCCCACUCCUUUUUCUGCAGCAGAGGAAGUGGUUUACGUCCUCUGUCUGUCUGUCUGUCUGUCUGAGCGAGCUGCAAAGGUGUUUGCGAUGGAGUCAAACAGGAGAAAAGGGAGACAGAGAGGGUAAAUAGAACAACCCCUGUGGCUCGGCACCUGUGUGCCCCAGGCCUUCCCUCAUUUCCUGGGUUGAAAGGAGCAAAUAGUGAGAGGGGAAUCUAGGGCCAAGGAGGAACUUUCUUGAUCUUUUCUGUUUAGUUAAGCCUCCCCUCCUUUCCCUGACGAUUUAUUUCUUUAAGUUUGUGGUUAAUUACCAUAAAACCACCAGUCAAACUUUCCUCAAGCGUAAAGUGAUGACUCUGAAUUGCUUUUCCACCAGUUCUCAACCCUGAGGCAGCUAAUUAACAGCGCUAUAACACAGCACAUUGGACGAUUUUUAGAUUAAAGCUCCUGUGAGCAGUUUUUUGACAUCUACGAAACAGAAUAAAACUCAUACUGGAGGCUUUUUGUGAUACCUAAAGCAAACAAGACCAUCAACGAGGACUGGGCGAUUAUAUGAUCGUGAUGAAUUUCAAUUUAAUGACGGUGAUCAGCUGUGAGCAUAUUUACUUGAUCAAACAAACAACAGCCAAUCAGAGUCAAGCUUUUCCUGCUCACUUCUGUAAGUUACCGGAGAAGUAAACAGGGGGAAGUUAACAGAAUGACCGAACGUGGAGCCGUGACUUUGAGUCGUCCUCCGAAGAUGUUAUUGUUGAGAAGUUAUUCAAUGUCGGUUGUGUGGCGGUGGUUCGGGUAUCUCCAAAGUGACGUCGAGUAAUUAAGUUCAUGUGUAAGGUAUGUCGGUGGUCCUCGCCCUCAAAAACCGUCAACACAACAGAUCUGUUUAAUGAUUUGAAGAAGUAAAUUUGUUGUAUUGUUGAGUUAAAAUGGUUUUUAUAUUUUUCUAAGUGUAUUUUAUUCUUUAUUUACUUCGUAUGUUAAUAAAACGUUGAACUAAUCUCUAGUUUCUUUAGUUUUUAGCACAGAUGCUUUAAAACUGGCAGUUUAAAAAAAUCGUGAUAAUAAUCGAGAUUGGACGAUACAACAAAAUGUAUCGUAAUCAUUUUUUUUUUUUGCCAAAUUGCCCAGGCCUACCAUCAACUGCAUGAUGGGUAAUUUUAAUAGUGUAGCUUUUGAUGCCUGGAACCAGCAUGUGGGGUGGGGGUGGGGGGUAGGUACAGCAUUUUAAGAUGUUGAACUGUUGUUGUGCAACAAACCAAGCUUCCAGAUGCGUGACAAACUCUCAAUGCGAUUUCGUCCAACUAGCCUGAGUUGAGAGCGUUGUCGUGCUUUCUCUCAAAAGCUCAGAGUAAUAUAAGUUUUAUUUUCUUCAGGACUGCCAAACAUGCCCUUUCAUUAGACCCCAGAGAUCUCAUCUGAUAAUGUUUAUCUCUGGGAACUCCAUGGAAAGGUUUCUCGUUGUUUACUCCGAAUUUGAACAGCUCCUCUAAAAGUUGACCCACUUUGAAAACAGGAGAGAAAGUUUUGGGGGAAAAUUCGAAGAGUUUGGUUUGAAAGAAACCCAGAUUCUUUCCAGACCAUGUUUCCCAUGUUAAUGCUGGACGACUCAACUCUUGGAGUCUUUCACGCACUUUGUAAGCCCCUCUGCUGCCCACACUCAGCUGUGCCCCUUCUCCCCCUCUGUCGGCAGCCAUUGUUGCGUAGGAUCACAUUUCUGGGCUCAGCGAAUUGGAGUCGCAUGUCUGGCAUUCCUCAGACUAAAGGUUCCUACUUCCUCCUCCUACAAAGACCCCCAUUGUACCCAGCAGGCCCAGAUCCUUGACGGAGUGAAAGAGAAGUGGCGUGGUUCACUAAAGCCUUACCUCGUUUCCAGGGGGGGGAAAUUGAAUCACACUGGAAUCUCGCUGACAUGUGAGGCGGCCUUGAGCGGAUCGUGUUGAUAAAGUGUAUAAACUUGAGGAGAGUGGAAUCCUGUGAGAGAUUAAUGGACUUCCUGUCCGCUGAAGUCAUGGGAGGGACCCUCUGUGUGAUGUUGCACCUGACAUUAUCCAUGUCUGACCUUGGAGCACUUUGUAUUUUUGGCUCUGUGUCCUCUCUUUCACCUGUAGACGGUCAGCUGCAGAUCAGUGCUUCUGCGCUGUUUAUGUGGAUGAAUCGGGGGCGAUAAUUAUGAUGGUUCAUACCCUUCAACCUGAGAGGUUUAACCAUCAAGGUCCUCACAGUGUGAGUUAUUCGGAUUACAUGAAUCCAGCUGCCUUGCUAACCUGCGUUCACAGAUUCUGCAUAAAAAUGCAAACAUCUCCUGAGCAAUACCAGGUUUUUGGUGAUUCAAAUGUUCAAAUUUCCAUUUACUGUCAAAGUAUUAUUGUGCUCAAGGGUUUUGGGGCCGUUGACUGUGUCUAACAGGGCUUGAAAUUGACUUUUUCACUCGGAAGAACUGGCGCUCCCCACUAGGAAGAGCUAGGAAGUCCCAAAAAGAAAAGUUAGCUGUCAUUCUUGUUGUUAGAUGACAGAUUGCAAAGUUGUUUUACUUUUUUUAACUUGGCAACUCUUCGAAGAGUAAAGAUCCUUACACACAGGGCCCGUUUUUUUUUUUGCGAUUAUUUCGGACGUCAAUUUUUUUUUCGAACCCGUAUCCUGUCAAUACAAGCGUUCACAUCAGCGACAUUUUCCCGUCCUGUGAUAUUGCGGCAUUUAUUUUUCGUUUAACGGUCGAUUUCUCUAAAGUUUCGUAUACUGUGUGUCCACUUUUGACCAAUCAGAUUUCGUGUUGUUGCGACGUCAGAUUCACCGGUAUAUCCAACAUGGCCGACCGGCUGAUUGUUUACGUGUCGGAGAACAGAGUGCUUUUUGAUAAAAGACACAAACAUUACAAAGAUAACGACCUGAAGGACAACUUGUGGAGAGUCAUAGUGUCGGAUUUCUCAUAUGACGAUGGUUUGUGUGCUUUAACAGUUUGCUAAAUGUCUUUGUUUUAACUUUCAUCUGUGCUAAGUAACUUUAGCUCGUAAGCUAACCUGUUCAGAUACAACAUACCAUAUGUAUUUUCACUGUCUCAAACUCAAUCACGUUGCUGUCACAGCACCAUUAGGUCUCGGUUGUUACCUUAUGUUUAUGGAUUAUAGUUUAAUGUGCUUAUCUGGUACUGGCCCCGACUCAGUACAUGCUAUCAUGACAGACAGACAUCUCAACACUAGUGUCUAAUCAGAACUGAAAAACUGUCAGUCUGCUGUUGUGUCGAGUUGUGUUGACUAAGAAAGUUCAGUUUUUCUCAUGCGUGAAUUUUCAAACUCAUUCUAACAACUGCAGACUUUUUACACGCAGUGAAACUCACAGAUGGUUAAAGAUCUGUGAGCUCCAGCAUAAAUCUGUUCAUCAUUAUAAUACAGUCAUAUUGUAGUGCUGCGUCUCCUCAGCAGAUUAUGAUUCAGUUAAUCAUUUAUUGCCAUAUCUAACGGCUUUACAACUUUCAAAUUAACAUCGCAGGAUGGAGAUGAUUGCAGCAGCAGACGUUUUGGUAACCACAGCAACCACUGUAGAUAGUGUUUAAGGUUACUUCGGUGUAAAUUGGUCUUGGUCGUCUCUGUUUGAGCUCGAUGUGUCUGGCUGCUGAGAGGUUAUAUAUUUAAGCCGGAUGGUGUGGGAUGGCUGGACGUGCCUGUCACUGUUUGUUGUUUCCACAGGUGUUCCUGAGGGCUUAACGCCUCUCCACACACACACACACACUGACACACACACAUGCGCUCACUCGCCGCCGCCGCCUCUGUGCUCUACUCCCCUCAGCUAUGUUAGCAAUGCAGUAAAUCAGCAGGCCUGCAGACCUGUUGCUAUACCUCCAGACUGUUGGGCGCAGCUGGCUUACCUCAGGACUGAGAGAGAGAGAGAGAGAGAGAGAGAGAGAGAGAGAGAGAGGGGUGAAGUAAAUUUUCAUGUCAGUGAUCCAUUUGUGUGAGGGUUUGCGCCAUAUCUCGAACAUGAGGGAAUACUUAAGUUUGGUAUUCCAGAUGGGGCUAACCAGGAAAUUUCUGUUUUUUGUGGGUUUUUUCCACGCAGUAAUGGAACAUUUGGACGUUUUGAAAUAUGAGUCACAUUACAUGAAUAAAGCCGUAUGUAUUCCCCGUCUUUAUUCAUGUGUAUUUAUAGCAUUAAGUGGCGUUUUGUUGCCACAGCUGUUGUGGAAACUCGCCUUGAAAAGCACAUUAGCCAAUCAGGAAGGAAAAGCGUUUUUUAAAAUCUUCGAGGAGUUUCUACUUACUCAUGGAAAAAUCGUCCGAUUUUCUUCCUUGGGACCACAGUGGAAGCUUUGCAUUGUUCUCGCACCAUUGUGCAGCAGAGGAGUAUUCAUUUUCAGCGAGCACGACACAUGGGAGGAUGUGUUUAAGCAAAGGCGAGAGGGCCGGAGAUUGUGCGUGUCAGUGUGUGUUUAAAGGACAAAGAGAAUGGACAGGGUGUGUAUCUUCCUUCCCGAUUUAGAGAUCCUGUGGGGGAACAAUGACAGGAGCUAAUUAGAUGACAGUCACCAGGUCUUUUUUGUGUGUGUUUGUGUGUUCGCUGUGGGGUUUCCUCUUAUCUUUCCGCCUGGUAAGAAGAUGACCUCCAAGCAGCCUCGGAGGCUAAUGCAGUUACGACUCUGCUAUAAACGCCAGACGAGAGAGGCAACGUCUCCGAUUAAAAGUCUCCUGAAAGCCAUUUACAGACCCACGCACACACACACACACACACACGCACAUUUUUGAUCCUCUGCAGAAGUUACAGCUCAUCAUUUUCAUGUUUGCGCAGCACAGCUUGAAAUACUUUGCAGAGAUGCACUUAGGGGGGGGGCUGCUGCUAAAAAUACUUUAAUCUCCAGGUAAAUUCACAAGAGUAUGCACUCACACUUGAGAGACACUUUGAAAACAAGACCUCACACGCUGCGCCCGGCAAUUCACAUAUGCGUGUCCUCUCACUGAGUUGGUAAAAACAAUCAAUUCUUUGUAAAAUGUCAACCGGCUCUCGGGCUCGCUUUCAGUCGCAGGGGUCUUAUUUUCCUAGUGAUUGGCUUCGGGGCAGCGAAGACUGGAAAAUACAAAAACCUUCAAACAAUAUGAGGUGGACGUGAUGGAUGGCGAGACAGGCGUGGAAAAACGAGAUGUAAAUACUCACGGUGGAUCCCGUGCUCUUCUACGUCCUGUGCUGUGUCAGUGAUAGUGGCCUCUUUGUUUAGGUGGUGUCAUCUAUCAGACGCCGUUUUCAAAAGGAUCCUCUGGGAAGCAGGAAGUUGUUGGGAAAUAACAUAAAAAAAAUCCCCUGUUCUGUUCUUGGUUAAGACAUCAAAAUAAUUAGCGCCUUGUUGUUCCUGGCAUCUUAUCUUAGAGGCAUUAAGACGCAGGACUUGGCUUCAUCCUGGGAGGCUUUUGAGAAUCAACAUUUGGGGAAGUAAUUCUGUGAAAUUAGAGCUGGCUGUUAUGCAAUCUAAAAGACAAGAAAACAUCACUAUUAAUAGAACUUCUCUGCAUUAAACUAAAGAGAUUAAAGCUUCUGAAAGGAUUCUUCUGUUUAUCUCAGUUUUGGCGCCCCCUGUGGACAACAUGAUCCCUGGCCUGCAUCAAAUUUACGGAAAAUACAACAAUAUUUGCUUUUGUCUGCUCUGGCCGGACACCUACCCCCAUCACAGCAUCAAAAGUUACCCUAUAGAGUAGGGUCUGACCAAUAUGGAUUUAUUGGGCCGAUGCCAAUACUGAUUAUUAGGGGGGAAAAAAUUUUUUUAAAAGUUUUAAAAUGUUGUUAAUUUAAGUAAUAUAUCUACAUAUUUACUUAUUUUUUUUUUGAACAAAAGGCUGCUUUUGAGCCUUUCAAACACUUCUUCAAAGAAUUAAAGGCAGAAAACUCAUUUCGAACCCUUUUUAUUACUAAAACAACUGAAAAAGAAUGAGUAAUGUGCAAACAGUUAAGCUAACUUCCAACUCUUUUGCUCAACACCCUCAUCUCUCACAUUCCUUUAAAACAAACAAUAAAAAAACAACUGCAAAAGAAUGAGGUGUUUUGUGUAAAGUGCAAACAGUUAAGUGCUAUUGCUAGGGCUACUGCCCUUCAUGCCGACAGUAAUAUUCCACGUACCACAUACUACCCCCCGACCAAUCGGUGCCUCCGCGUCUUCACUCACUUUACUUAUUUCCGGUCCGGUCUCAUCUGGAGACAUGCAGCUGGCUCAGUAAGAGAAGUAGCUCGAUCAUGUAAUGUGUACUGUUGUUUAUUCUACGGUUACUGACACGGCUAACAGUGCAGCAAGGCUAAUAGCAGAUGGCUAACUCUAACUUUAGCUUGCAUAUUACACAGUGCUUCACUGUUAACUCGGUGUGACCGAGACCAGCACAGCGGGGAACAUCGUGAAGUGGGUUGAACUGAAACUUGUUGACUUAUUGUGUAUUUCACAAACUGGUUUAUUUACCGUUGAGGCGGACCACUCUCCUCUGUGCGUCCCUGAGCUGCCUGCUUCAGAUCGUCACUCUGCUGUGCUGUGAGGUAGUUAGUGGAUGAAGACUGUCAUGAGGUCGCUGCGCCAUCUACAGGAUAAGUCGAGGAACUUUUCAAAUGGUGGAACAUUUUCGAAGUGAAACCGAAUCUUAUUCUCUGCAUUUUAUUUCUGAAAAUAUCGGCGAAAAAUCUGCGAGUUUUGGCCCAAAACAGAAAUCAGGCCCUACUAUAGAGACUAUUCGUCUUCUUGCUAAUGGUCGUGCUUGCAUUUGUAGGUCCUAUGAGUAACUAGCUAAAAACUUGGCUGUAAAGUUUCUCUGUGGCAAGUAAGUAUUGACAAACAGCUGCAGGAAGACGAUUUUGUCUGUAGACCACCUUUAACAGAUCUGUGGAUUAAUCAAAAUUUAGCAACAACAUGCAAAAUAACCAAUUUCGACUAGCUUGCACUCUUUUCUGCUUCAAAUCAAUACAAGCAUGAGAAAGGUGCAAAAGCUUCUUCUGAAUGACUGAGAUUUGCCCAGGUUCUGUGAAAGUUUGCAUCUGUUUUUCCUGUAGUCACACAUUCACACAAGCGAGUUUGCAUAGAUUUGGGAAACUUUCCACCCACAUACAAAGACCAGGAACAACAGGAGGCUUUUACCUUAUAAGUACCUAACUCGAUAAACCUGUUAAUGGAUCUUUUAAAAGCGCUCAAUGGUUGUACAGUUUUCACAGUCCUGGAGAUAAGUCCAAAUCAGCCGAUCUGACCUUCCUCCAGUAAAUCCUGGCUUAAGCACUGGGAAAAUCUGAAAACGGACACAGAUAUGGUUCAGGUUUCAACAUUUAUUGUGCACACAUCAGCUGGUGUCAUGCUUUGUUGUGCAAGCCCUGCGCCUGGAGGGGAAGAGACGAUUGUUUAAACAGUGUCGUCUCCAAUACAGACUGUUUAGAUUAGGUAAACUAGACCCUUUGGUGUGUGUGACAGUCGAAUUCCUGCCUUUUCUCCGCAGCAGUGUGUGUGUGUUUAGAAAAGGACCUCCCAGGGGAACCUUCAGUUACCAAAAACAAAAUUCUCCAGAUUUUUUGGCAGCCGGUUGUGUGUGGUCAGCUCUUGUAAUGUGAUCUUGACUCACCUUGACAUGACGCCGCCCUCCCCCUUCCUCUCCGGAGAUGUUUGAGUCUGGCGGAGAGAUGGGCGUCUCCCUCACACAUGGUUUCAAUUUGGUGGAGGGGGGAGUCAUUUCCCUCGCUCUGAAGUUUCUCUGUUUCUCCGGCGAGGAUUUCUUCAACAUGCAAACUUGUUAUAGUCAGCACAUUUUUUGUACUGAUUCUGCAUUAUUUGUGUUUUUCUCGCCCGGUUGCCAUGGAUUAUGGCUGUGCUGCAAUCAGGCCGUAUGAGAAUAACUGUCAGGAACACUUAAGAGUUUAAAGUGAUGAUUUGGCCGAGCUCACACCUCCAAGAAGAAAUGUCUGUGGUUUUCCCUAGACUUGGUCACUAACUCUCAAGGUAUUUCCUUUUCACUGAAACCACAAUUCAGGAUUUUAAGAGGGGAUUUUUCGCCUUCUUGAUAAAAACGUUACUACAAAUAUCCCAAAAUCUGCGUCAGAAUAUCUGUCCUCUUCAGCAGAAGCUGUCUAGUUUCUGUUAAAGCAAAGUCUUUCCCAUGAACCUCAGCUGGCAGUCAUGAGGAGUUAGCUUUCUGUAAUUUCUUAAGGGCCAUCUCAAAUCAAAUCGGAUAAACUGGAACAAGCCUGUCUGGUUGAUCUUGACUUCCCUGUUUUAUACCGCCAAAGAAUCUGCAACCUCCGUUCCUCAAACGGUAGAAGAAACCAUUUAAAUUUUAUACUCAAGUGAAAAUAGUUGUUGAUAUUAAGCCUGGUGGUCCCGUUCUGUUUGGGAAUGGAGGUCGUUGCAUCCAAGAUUUCCAAAAGGAAUUUCAGAUUUUGAUUUUGCGAAACAACAAGUUAGUUUAUAACUUCAGUUCAAGGGGGUCACUGGCUUUUUGAACUUCGUUGCUGUCAAGCCUGGUGGUCCAUUUCCGUGUAAGAGUGGAGGUCGUUGCAUCCAAGAAUUCCAAGAAGAACGUCAGAUAUGGAUUUGUAGUCCACUUCACCCACGUCCAUCAUGUUUAUGGUUUCUUCUUCGCGCGUUUCAGUUUGAAUCUGCUUUUGUAGAUCUAGUGACAAACUUUAUUCUCAGGAUAUCGAUUUUUGAUUUUUGAGUGUUUUAAACCCAUGUUGUUAUUUCCACCGCAGAGUCAUGCCUGUUUUUAAAGCAGUGCCACCUAAGAGGCCUGGAGAUGCAGUAGUUGUUUUCAGCCUUAUACCUUUUAGUACUGACAUUAAUUAUGUACUGUAGAUGAUUUUUUUAUACUGAGUAAUAUUAUUUAGAAAUAGCAGAACUUUUGCAGCCUGUGUGAAACCUGGUUUUGUGUUUUCUGUCUUUACAGGAUCUCCAUACUACGACAACGUGAGGCCUCUCUCCUAUCCCGACUCUGAUGCCGUCCUCAUCUGCUUCGACAUCAGCCGCCCUGAAACACUUGAUAGUGUCCUCAAGAAGGUAUGUUUCUGUGUCCUUCAAUCGCUCAUAAAGAAACAUUAACGACUUCUCUUUGAUACGAUUAUGUCAAAGUCUUUACCUUUUAACCGCACGUUCUCCAAAUCUUAAAUCCUUGCUUUUGUUUGACUAUUAUAUGGAUCAAAAGUCUCCAGUCGAUAUUUCUUUGUAGUCUCGGUCACAUUCGAUCUUGUGAUGUGUAUUAUAGAGCUUGUAGUGUGACUGGUAGGUCGUCGGGUUAAAACCCAAGAGCGGUCCUGAAAGGAGAAGUGAAGCUCUGCAGACCUUUAAACUCACGCAGCCUGUAGUUUUCUCACAUGGAGCGGUCGGUCGGUGGUUUGAACCGGAUGACUGUGGUCGUGCUGGCUGACUUCCACAUGUUAGAGUGUACACUGAUCAUAAAGGGAGACAUGCAGCGUUCAGUCAUCUGACUAGUGCGAGACUUUGAUGGAAUCCAUAAAUCCAAGCACUACUACUAAAAACGAGUGAGGACAGGUUAUGUCAGUCGUACAGUUUCGAAGGAGUGAGAUGUUUAGUGAUUUUAGCCCUCUGUUUACAAGCCGCAUUGUGAUUGGAUAAAACCAACAUGCGUGCUCCCUAACCUUGUAUCAAACAAUAAACGUCUUGAUAAGAAUUAGCUCUGGGCCAAGCGUAAGGUCACGUAAUGAUAGACACACUGUACCCAACGACUUCCUCUUCGGAUUGCGAUGAACUUGAUCCCCUGACCAGCCAGCCCGGAGGCACAUUCGCCUCGGAUUAAAUCCCCAGGAGAAAGGCCAUUGAUCACAGAGCAUUUAUUGUUGUCAGGACGGAUACACAGGGAUUAUUUGUAGUUCCUUUCCAGGGUUCAAAGCGUGAGGGGCUCCAGGAAGUGGCAGCUGUAACCUUUGUACUUAAAGGGCAGAAAAGAAGGGGGGGAAGCACUCAAGGGAUGUUACGCCAGGUUGAUCUAACCAGUUUGCAUAUUUUUACAUCCUAUCGUGGUUGAAACGUGAUUUAUUCAUGAGCCGAUUAUUGAUCUUCUGGUCAUAUCUUACCUUAUUUUCUUCGAUUGUUGCUUCAUUUUGCGCUUUCCCUCUCUCAACAGUGGAAAGGCGAGAUCCAGGAGUUCUGCCCCAACACAAAGAUGCUGCUUGUCGGGUGUAAGUCAGACCUGCGCACUGACCUGAGCACACUAGUGGAGCUUUCCAACCACAGACAAACACCAGUCUCCUAUGACCAGGUAUGUGUGCCUCACACUCUCGACACAAGAAAUACUUUGAAUGAAAAGUUUAGCGAGUUAAGAAGUUUAGUGACUGAAAUAAUUCAUGAAUAAUUCCUCAUUGUGCUCAACUUUAAGCGCGCCGUACUGAUUCUUAAGAUCGGAAAUCCUCUCGUCUUUAUCGACGUGAGCGCUGAAAAAAUGCGUUAACCGCUUGCUAACCUCGCCCGCCUUAAGCCGCUUCAUCCGACUGUGACCGUGUUUGACCUCUCCUCCCCCCCUCUCAGGGUUCCAGCAUGGCCAAGCAGAUCUCGGCGCCCUACAUCGAGUGCUCGGCGCAGCAGUCGGAGAACAGCGUCAGAGACAUUUUCCACGUGGCCACGCUGGCCUGCAUCAACAAAAACAACAAAAACGUCAAGCGCGGGAAGACCACCCGCGGAAACAAAAGGAUUUCACACAUGCCCGGGAGGCCUGACUUGGCGGCGGUGGCCUCGGACCUCCGUAAGGACAAAGCCAAAAGUUGCUCAGUCAUGUGACUGAUCAGACUGAGGGGGAUUAAACGGAGAACGAGGACAGAGCACAGUGCAAGCAGGAAGCUGUUGAGCGAGGCUCUCUCCUGCAUGCUAAAGACCCCGUAUGUGCCCAGAGAAGGGGUUUAUAAGCUUCAAUUCAUAAAUGUACAUGUUACUGGAAUACUCGACACCAAUGAAAACUCAAUGCAUAGUAGCAUCCCAAUCCAUGUGGCCCCCCUGCCCCACCAGACGAGGAAGCUAUCUGUCAGUGGGCUACCUGCAAGGACGAGGAAGUGGAAGUGACCCGCUUCCUGUGGGAGGACAAAGCGGAUACGAUCGAGGCUUUCCACGCCGACGGGAAAUGA